GCCGGUCGCGUGGCCCGCAAGGACGCGGGGCUGGUGGGCGGGGGCCGCCGGUGCUCGGCAGCUGUCUGUGACCCCCGGAGCCGGCGGGCUGCCCGGGUCCCCGGAGACCCCGCCAUGGUACGCGCGGGCGCCGCGGGGACGCCUCUCCCCGCGUCCGGCUUGGACAUCUUCGGGGACCUGAGGAAGAUGAACAAGCGCCAGCUGUAUUACCAGGUGUUGAACUUUGCCAUGAUCGUGUCUUCUGCACUUAUGAUAUGGAAGGGCUUGAUUGUGCUCACGGGCAGCGAAAGCCCCAUCGUGGUGGUUCUGAGUGGCAGCAUGGAGCCGGCAUUUCACAGGGGAGACCUCCUGUUCCUCACAAAUUUCCGGGAAGAUCCCAUUAGAGCUGGUGAAAUCGUUGUUUUUAAAGUUGAAGGACGAGACAUUCCAAUAGUUCACAGAGUCAUCAAAGUUCAUGAAAAAGAUAAUGGAGACAUCAAGUUUCUGACUAAAGGUGAUAAUAAUGAAGUCGACGACAGAGGCUUGUACAAGGAAGGCCAGAACUGGCUCGAGAAGAAGGACGUGGUGGGCAGAGCCAGGGGGUUUUUACCAUAUGUCGGUAUGGUCACCAUCAUAAUGAAUGACUAUCCAAAAUUCAAGUAUGCUCUUUUGGCAGUAAUGGGAGCGUAUGUGCUACUAAAACGUGAAUCCUAAAAUGAGAAGCAGUUCCUGGGGCCAGAUUGAAAUGAAUCUGCUGAAAAAGAGAAAAACUAAUAUAUUUGAAAUGUUUCAUUUCCUGUAUAAAAAGAAACAGUGUGGGGAUGUUUCUGUCUUGUCCAAAUAAAUGAUCCGUCAGUAGAGAUGGCUUUCUUUUGUGGACUCUGAUUUGAAUUUGCUCAGUCUCUCUGCCGAUUGUGACAGACAAGGGUCUACGCCGCUUCCAGAAACAGGCAGGCCACUCAUGGGCCUAGCCUGCCGGUGGGUACAUGCUCAGUCCACGUGGAUCGUUGUGAUGUCUGUGUUUCAAAAGUAAAAUUCUUAAUAAAGUGGCAUUUCUGAGAAAAAAAAA